UGACGUCAUAGUAAAAUUCUCGUUGGGACGGACAUGCCKGAGGUGACGGUCCCGAGGGUGUCCGCUUUACACAUGCAAACAGCUACUCGUCAMCUUGAAUUUUGUCCUCAAAUAUCUUCAAAACUAAAACCCAAACAUAGAAAUGGAUGUACUUUCUGUUUCCAUAUAUGCUAAACAACCUAUUUGUGUCUAGAAAUACUGGAUUAAUUAACUCCGAGGGGGAGGUGGUAGCCCACCAAAGGUACAAUCAUGCACGUGAUACAUGAAUCGGCGCRGGGGGACAUGGUACGAGUAACAUCUGGCAGCCAUUUUGGUUUGUUUAAAAUCAUUCCUUUCACGUGCAUGUACACAGGMUAAAUUUUAUACUACAUUUUAUUCUUUUCGAAAUGGUGUCCUUAGCUCAGCCUUCAUUUAAUACCGUAGACCCAGAUGAGCUGUAUGUUUGUCCAUAUGACCCAAUUCAUCGAAUAUCGGCAAAAAGAUUGCCGUAUCAUUUGUCAAAGUGUAGAAAGAUUCACAAUGCAAAAGACUUUGUUACAUGCCCUUUCAAUGCACGCCAUGAAAUACCAAGACAAGAGCUUCACUUUCAYACGUUAACAUGCCCAGACAAGGGAGUCAUUCGACAGGAUAUAGACCCGACACCAGCAUAUGUUCCUAGAUCAUCAAACCGACCUUUAACYCCACCUCCAACACAAGGGAUUAUAGAAGCAUCUGAAGACUGGGAUAGUGAGCCUGUCAGCGAACAUUUUGUUCCCUCAAAGGCAAGUGGUUUUCAUAAUUCCGAACGGGUGGAUAGUUAUGCAGUUGUACAGAUGUUAAGUGAAGCACAAGAAGAGCUGCAUGGAUCAUUGAGUACUCCUGCUAAUGUUAACCUGGCUGACAUGACACCAGCACAGAGAAAGAAUUACAAGCGAGCUUUAAAACGACAACAAAAAAGAGCUGAAGGAAAUGAUGAGGAGGAGGGUCCCCAGAUGACAGAUCAAGAGAAGAUUGAUGCCAUCGUAAAGAAAUACCCAUUAAUGAGUGGCAAAGAAGAAGGAGGCUUUGUUGACUUUGUCAGCAGACUCAACAUCCACUGCCAACAAAACAAAAUCAACCCUCCUACAUACAAAGAAGCACCAGGUGUGAGUGGUGGGUUUGGUUACAAGGUUAUCAUUCAAACAGAUGUCUUUUCUACCAAUAAAUACUGCAAAACCAAGAAAGAUGCAAAACAAAAUGCAGCCAUGGUAGCAUUCCUGGGAUUAGACAUUAAGUUUGGUGCAGCGCCCAACCCAAAUAGGGCUAAUGCCAAGCUUACAGCUAAAGAGAAGCAACGAAUGAGAGAGACACAUGAAAAGCUAAUGUUAAGAGAGGCUGGUUACCAACAAGCUGGCCCUGUACGACAACAKCCUCCUGUGAUGCAACAGUCUCACCAAGAACUCAACCAAGCUAUGGCAGAGGUGUCUAUACAAGAGAAUGAAGAUGAUGGCUGGACAACUGUACCCUCAAAAACAGGACAUCCACCUAAAAAUCCAGUCUUUGAUUAUUCACUGAAAGUUGCUGGACGUGGAAGGGGUAUUGCUCGACGAUAAUACUGGAAGGAGUUGUAUAUGACAUGUAGGACAUGUAUAUGAGUUGUCGUAUACGACAUGUAUCACUGCCUGUUAGAACAUGAUGACAGCCCCAACCUUAUGUCCUUAAUUCAGUAACGUUGUCCUUAUACACCUAUUUCGAAAAUCAUUGUCACACCAAGUAACAAGCCAAGGCUCCAGAAAACGUUGGUACUUUUAAUUAUAAUUGAUUUAUUCAUGGUUCAUGGAAGUGGCUAUAGCUCUCCUSUAAUUAUCAUCUCAGGCAGCCUUGCUUGGAGCAAUUUGUGAAGUYGAUAAAUGUAAAUGCACUAUGAAUAAACUAAUUACAGCUAAAAGUACCGGUGUUCUCUGCAGUCUUGGCUAGUUGCUUGAGGCUUUUGGUGUGACAACGAAAUAGUUGUUCCUGAAAUAGUUGUUCAACGUUGUCCUAAACAUUAGGCUCUUUCUGAAUCAGCAUACUAGGUCAUUAUAUUCUUAUGAAGCAAUUGCUCAUAAAAAGUAUUCCAUGAUAUUAUUGUAUUUUUACUAACCUAUUUGUGCUGAUAAGGAUAGCCUGACAAGCAUAUAAACUAAAGCUCACCACUUGCUUACAUGAUAGUGCUGAGACUAGAUAAUAUAUAUGUUCAAGUUUUAAAAUUAAGUAUUACAUUUAAUUAAUUUACAGCUAUUUUCAUGAUUCUGUUGAUCAAAAAAUAUGAACACUAACUAUUGGAAAUUUAAUUAAUGAAAGCCAAAAACCUAGACUUCUGGAAUUAUACCUAGUUGUUUGGUUUGCAUUGUGUACUUAAUAUGAAAAUGGACUAGUAUGAAUUUAUUAUAUUCAGUGUUGAUUGCUUAGGAAAGGAUCAACGAUAGUCCAGAUCGACAAUGAUAAAGUCAACAUAAAUUUGUUAUUUUUACAUGAUUGUAACUUUAAAUAUUAAUAAUAAUUAUUAUAAAUAUAUGAAUACUGUUUCAGGGAUUAAACUCUUUCUUAUACUUUA